GACCACAAGCUGGUACUUGUUCUUCAGAGCUAGUGUUUGCCUUGCCUAACAUGGAGCCCAGAGGCACGAGAGCUGCCGCACUCGGGAUGUUGGGUUUGCCCGAACACAAGCCCGCCCGGAUCGAACGGUUCUUAUCGCAUUACUAUCAGAAGGGAGCUUCAUUGCAUGGACUGUAUUAACGAGUACUUAUAGGAAGGGAGCUCACUGCAUGGUGAUGUCGGAUACCAACCAAAAGAUUCAUCAAACGCAUCUUGGGUUCUUUUAGUGCUCGACUGCCUCGUCGCUCCAACGCAAAGAUGGCUUACACUCACGAAAACAAGAUUCCAACCAGGUUCCCCUUUGAUAAAUCCAGAGUUCAUGUUCUCGGCAGUGACAUGGCCUACGUGGACGCCGGUUCCUCGCCCGGAUCGGCAACCCUCUUCCUUCACGGUAAUCCAACGUCAUCCUAUCUUUGGCGCAACAUCAUCCCGUACAUCUCUGGGAAAAGCCGCUGCAUUACACCCGAUCUGAUUGGCUUCGGAGACUCCGACAAGGUCCCCGGGCUCGACUACCGCGUCGCCGACCACCAGAGAUACCUCGACGCCUUCCUGGACCUGGUAUUGCCAACGGAGAAGAUCACUCUCGUCCUGCAUGAUUGGGGUUCCGCUCUUGGCUUCGACUGGGCCCGCCGCCAUGAGGAUCGCAUUGCUGGACUGGCUCUGAUGGAGUUCAUGCACCCUUCCUCCAGCUGGGAAACGGCGCCGAAAGCCAUGGCCGACAACUUCAAGCCGUUCCGGGAGCCAGGGCUUGGACGCCAACUGAUUAUCGACCAAAACGUAUUCAUCGAGAGGAUCCUUCCGGGGAGCAUCGUCCGACAGCUUUCCGAGGAAGAGAUGACCGAGUACCGUCGUCCGUUCCUUGAUCCGGCAUCCCGCGAGCCUCUCUGGCGGUUUCCCAACGAGAUUCCCAUCGGAGGACAGCCUGCCGACGUGGCAGAGAUGGCGGAGAAGUACAUGGCCUGGCUCUUUCAAACGGAGCUGCCCAAGCUGUUCUUCUGGGUCACUCCUGGCGGCACGAUUGGGGAGGAGAAGGCGGUGGAGUUUAUGAAGAAGUUGCGAAACACGCGGAGCGUCUAUCUAGGACCUGGAGUCCACUUUGUGCAGGAAGAUCACCCUCACGCCAUCGGCCGUGAGAUAUCUCACUGGCUCCCGUCGUUCUGAAGAGUGCAGGAAGAGGGUGUAGAGCCAAGAGCUUGGCAAUGCGAUUGAAGGAGGUUGCAACGCAGUCUUAGGCUUGUACCGUUCUCCCACACUUGGUAGUGCGAAGAAGCAGUCAAUACAGUCGUA